GCCCAUCACUAUGGAGGAAGCAGCGUAGGAUUAGGUGAUCGCAGGAACAGAGGCAGAAUAACGUGCAGGGCAAGGCUACCAGUACACCCCGUGCAGCAGGCUGCUCAUCAUGGGUAACGAGGGCAGCAUAGAAGGAGGGGAAGGGAUGGGUGGGUAUCCGGAAGGCGAAGGGAGAAGGAUCCCUGCUGGAAUGGAGGCUGAUCUGAGCCGGCUCAGCGAAGAGGAGAGGAAGCAGAUCGCCGCUGUGAUGUCAAGGGCGCAGGAGCUGCCGACGGAUCGGCCGGCGUUAACAAGAAAUCCAAACAUUGAUACUUCUCAAUCUCCAAGGCAUCCAAGUAAACCUCCUGAUCCAGGGCCAACUGGUCUAACGAAAAGUAGAACAGUAGAUGCAUUCAAAACUGAAACAAAACCACCUGGCAGAAGUCCUUCAGCUAUGAGUUUGAGAGAACCUAAACCUAGAGCUGAUGUUAAAGAAGACCAGAAGACUAGUAUAAUGAGUGGUUUUCUACCAGAUAGUAAUCCAAUGAGUAUGGUCUCCUCUGUAGUUAACAAAUUUAAUCCAUUUGAAGCAAAAGGUGACCCUAAUGAAGAUCUAGUUAAGAAACAAAAGGAACAAGAAGAUACUAAAGGCACGAGAUCUUCACCGCAAAUGCAGCAUCAACAAGGGCAUGCUAAGGCCACUCAACAACCGGUUCCUAAACCUUCACAACCGCAGUCUGAGAUUAAGCCAGCAUCCUUGCAACAGAGCCCUUCAAGGACAUUGACACAACCAUCGAAUGCCACAAAAUUAGUUUCACAUUCCCCCAUCCCCAAAGAACCAUUGCCUGAAUCUAUAAAGACCACAAAACCCUUAGUUCAAGAGCCAAAACAUACUACCUCAUUAUCCCAGGGACAAGAAUCUAAAAAGGAACCAAUAAAACAGGAUAUCCCUCCUAAAUCAGUACCAUCAACUAUGGAAAAACAAAGAUUUCCACAAACAGGAUCUGCAAAACCUUCAGUACCAUCAAAAAUAUCUGAACAAGACAAACAGUCCACACAACCCCCAGCUGCUGCCAAACAAACGUUUCAAGAACAACCUAGUUCCAAAAUGCCACAACCACCACAAACCUGGACUGCUAAAGCUCAGCAGCAAACAUUACCAAUGAAACCAUUACAGCAAUCAUCGGGUCCACCAAAACCACAAGGACCUACAGCAGAAAAACAGGCUCUCCCCACAACAAGUACAAAACAAACAACACAGAAGCCAGAUGUCACGCCAUCUGGGGGCUCUGAACAGCCUGUUCAGGUACCAGGAAAAUCUGUGCCUGCUGCACAACCACAUCCCUUAAGAGAACAAAGGACAGAAUCUAUUAAAUCACAAGAUGCUUCAAAGAAAGUAGGCCCAAAGAAAAUGUGUCCUCUGUGUAAAACAACAGAACUAAUGUUGGAUGUAAAGGAAAAGCCUAAUUAUAACACAUGCACCCAAUGUAAAGUUACUGUAUGCAGCUUGUGUGGCUUCAAUCCUAACCCACAUAUAACUGAGAUACAGGAAUGGCUUUGUUUGAACUGUCAGAUGCAGAGAGCCCUUGGUAUGGAUUUGGCUGGUCCUCCUAUGCCACAGCCAGGCAAGCAAAAAAUAGCAGGACCAUCGACAGUGGUAUCAGUUUCUUCUCCAAAUAAAGAUUCUAGUGCAAAGCAAGAUAUAUUUAUGAAAGAAGACCCCAAAACAUCAUCAAUGGUAACAAAUCUGAUGUCUGUGGCAGCCUCACCCUCUAAGUCUAAUCUACUAGCAACAGAAAGUAAAACAGAUAAACCUACAAAAUCAGAUAAAAUCAUACCUGAAAUGCCAGUUGAACCUGCCAAGGCUGAAUCUUCCUAUCUACCCCAGACUAAGACUGAUUCAUCAACAAAGAUCAUGCUUGAUCAGUCAGCUAUUAGUAAAGAUAAAAAACCUGACAGCCAACCAAUAUCUCAACAAGUUAAAGAGUCUACUUUACCUAGUGUGAAGCAAAGAAUUGUUCAAGAAGUAGAAAUAUCACAGCAAAAACAAGAUUCUACAAAAACUUUUCAAGCAAAUCAGCAAACACCUCAGCCAAUAAGCCCCAAACCUAGUCCUUUGCAUAAACCUGUGACUCCAGAGGCAUCAGGACAACCUUCUCAACCUUUCUGGUCAAAGCCAAGCUUCUUUCAAAAACCUGUGGCUACACAAGUUUCACAGCCUUCUGCCCCCAGAGGUCCAGAUUCUAGCCCUUCCCAUAAACCUGUUGCUCCACAAACAAAACAAUCUUCUGGACAAGGAAGUCCAAAAUCUAGUCCUUCUCAUAAACCUGUUGCUCCACAAUCAACACAGCCUUCAGGGCCAGGAAGUCCAAAGACAAGUCCUGCUCACAAACAUGUAGCUCCACCUCCCAAUGCACCAGGAAGUCCAAAAUCUAGUCCUUCUCAUAAACCUGUAGGUCCGACUGCAACACAGCCUCCUGGGCCAGGAAGUCCGAAAUCUGGUCCUAUGCAUAAACCCGUCACUCCACAAACAACACAGCCUCCUGGGUCAGGAAGUCCAAAACCUAGUCCUGCUCAUAAACCUGUAGUUCCACAAACAACACAGCCUCCUGGGCCAGGAAGUCCAAAACCUAGUCCUGCUCAUAAACCUGUAGUUACACAAACAACACAGCCUCCUGGGUCAGGAAGUCCAAAACCUAGUCCUGCUCAUAAACCUGUAGUUCUACAAACAACACCGCCUUCUGGGCCAGGAAGUCCAAAACCUAGUCCUGCUCAUAAACCUGUAGUUCCACAAACAACACAGCCUUCUGGGCCAGGAAGUCCAAAACCAAGUCCUGCUCAUAAACCUGUAGUUCCACAAACAACACAGCCUUCUGGGCCAGGAAGUCCAAAACCAAGUCCUGCUCAUAAACCUGUAGUUCCACAAAUAACACAGCCUUCUGGAGCAGGAAGUCCAAAACCAAGUCCUACUCACAAACCUGCAGCUCCACCUCCUAGUGGAUCAGGAAGUCCAAAACCUAGUCCUUCUCACAAGCCUGUCAUUCCACAAACAACUUCACAGCCUACUAUUUCUGUAGCUGCAAAACCCAGUCCUCUGCCUAAACCUGGCACCCCUCAAGUAGCAGCACAACCUACACCACAGCCCUCUAAAUCACAAGAGCAGCCAAGACGUUUCAGUUUAAAUCUGGGAAGUGCAGCUGAAGCUCCAAAAGUACAACCUACAACACCACAAGAAACUGUGACUGGAAAACUCUUUGGGUUUGGUGCAUCAAUAUUUAGCCAAGCGUCCAGUUUUAUAUCAACUGCAGCCCAGCCAGGCACUCAAGCACAAAGCACACAGGGAGUGGCAACCAAACAACCUACACCUGCACAAAAAAUAGCAGCUGAGACUCCUAAACCAACAAAAGAGCCAGUGGUCCCACUUUCACCAAAGCUACCUGCAAUAAAGAAAGAAACACAGCCUGUACUUAAAAAAGUAGAGGAGCCAAAAUCUAGUCCUUUAAGGAAAGAAAUCGAUGAGAAAAAAGUACCAGAGAAAGAAUUAAAGAAAGACACUCCUGAAUUGAAGAAGAAUGCAAAAGUGGAGUCAGAAAUUAUUGAACAAAUCAAAGAGGCAAAAAGCCUAUGCCCUCUUUGUAAAAUAGAACUAAUUAUUGGUUCAAAUGACCUACCAAAUUUUAAUACAUGUACAGAAUGCAAGAAAAUGGUAUGCAACCUAUGUGGAUUUAACCCAACUCCACACCUGACUGAGGUUGCAGAGUGGCUAUGCUUAAAUUGCCAGACCCAAAGGGCACUCUCAGGACAUCUUGGGGAUUUAGACAAGAUGCCUCCAACAUUAGGACUGUCACCUAAAUCUUCACCAAAACAUCCUGCCCCUACAGAACUGCAGAAACCGUCAACACCAUAUGUAAAGACAAAUGAAAGAACAACUGAUCAAGUAUUAAAAAAAGACAGUUCUAAACCUUCAGAAGAAAAAAUUGGACAGAUUGAUAAUGUUCUUGAUCAAAAAAGCAAAGAUUUCCAGCCUGUAGAAAUUAAGCCAGUAGUAACAGAAAAAGAUACAGUGUUGGCGGCCCCUGUAGUAACAGAGUUACUGCCCAUUAAAGAUCACGAUGCUAUACAGGACACUACACUAGUAGCUGCAGAUAAUUUACAGGCUAAAGAGAGAUUGAUGCCAAAGCAAGAUUUGAUGAUUGACCUUUCAGCAACAGCUUUGAAGGAAAUUGAUGGUGGAACAUGUGAUGAAGGAAUUAAACCUGAAGCAAGCCAACUUAUGGAUCAUGAAACUGGAAAAGAAAAGAUUGACAAGGAAGAUGACAAAUCUGAUACUUCAAAUUCUCAGCAGCAGAAAAGCCCACAAGGACUAAGCGAUACAGGCUAUUCAUCAGAUGGUAUUUCUGGUUCACUUGGAGAAAUUCCAAGUCUAAUACCAAGUGAUGAAAAAGAUUUGACUAAGGAACCAACAAUGAAAGAUUCUCUUUCACAUGAAAACAGUCCUUCUAGUCCUUCGGAUUUAGCAAAGCUGGAAAGUACAGUUUUAUCAAUCUUAGAAGCUCAAACAAGUGUUCUUGUUGAUGGAAAGUUAAGAAAAGGUAUUGACUUGUAUGGGAAAUUUGGUGGACAGACACAAGACAGGAGUAGAACUAAGAUAUUGCCAAUUACACCAGAAUCCUGCAGUUCAGAGGAAGACCUUGAAGAUAUUCAGGAAGAGGAAGAAGAGACACUAGAAGAGAAUGGAAAAAGGGGGUUUUCAUCCCGAAAAUCUCAAAAGGAGGUCAUAAGCACAGCAAAAGAUAUAACCGUACGCAAACGACGUGACUCAAUAGAUGACAGUAGUGAAAGUGAAAAUUCACCAGUACCACAGAGGAAAAGAAGAGCUAGCAAUGGAUCAUCAAGUAGUGAUGACUACAAACAUGAUGAUAGUCAGGGAUCUGGAGAUGAUGAAGAUUUUAUACGAAAACAGAUUAUUGAAAUGAGUGCUGAUGAAGAUGCAUCUGGCUCUGAAGAUGAAGAAUUUAUUAGAACAAAAUUAAAGGAAAUAAGUGCUAGUGAAAAUCUGAAGAAAGAAACUAAAUCAAAACCAAUACCUGUAAAGUGCAAGAGAUUAACCAAAAAAAGCAGUGCAAGCUAUGAUGAGGAUGGAAUCAGACGACACUCAUGGCAUGAUGAUGAUGAAGAGGAUGAAGAUGAGGAAACCUAUGAUGAAAGCCCAGAACCAAAAUUUAGAGAAACUAAAAGCCAAGAAAAUGAAGAGCUUUCGGUAGGUGCUGGUGGAGGCCUUAGAAGAUUUAAAACUAUAGAGCUAAAUAGUACAAUGUCUAAUACAUACACCGAAGAGGCAAGCAAUCAUUCUGCCAUAUUGUAUUAUGAUGAAGAGCCAGAAUUAGAGAUGGAAAGCUUAACAGACUCCCCAGAAGACAGGUCACGUGAAGAAAGAUCAUCUAGUCUCCAUGCUUCAAGUUUUACUCCAGGCACUUCACCAACUUCUGUUUCAUCCCUAGAUGAAGACAGUGACAGUAGUCCAAGUCACAAAAAAAUAUCAGGAGAAAGCAAACAGCAGAGAAAAGCAAGGCAUCGAUCUCAUGGGCCAGUGCUGCCCACUAUUGAAGACUCUUCUGAGGAGGAAGAAUUAAGAGAAGAGGAAGAACUUUUGAAAGAGCAGGAAAUGCAAAGAGAAUUGGAACAGCAACAAAGAAAGAGUUCUAGUAAAAAAUCCAAAAAAGACAAAGAUGAACUAAGAGCGCAGAGAAGGAGAGAACGACCAAAGACACCUCCGAGUAACUUAUCUCCUAUUGAAGAUGCUUCUCCAACAGAAGAAUUGCGUCAGGCCGCUGAAAUGGAAGAACUCCAUAGAUCUUCAUGUUCAGAAUAUUCACCUAGUAUUGAGUCUGAGCCAGAAGGAUUUGAAAUUAGUCCUGAGAAAAUAAUAGAAGUUCAAAAGGUCUAUAAAUUACCUACAUCUGUGUCAUUAUACUCUCCAACAGAGGUAACCUCUAAUAUUGCUGGACCAGAGAUUAAAAAUGGACAACAGACUCUAAAGAGUGCCGAAGAAGCUUAUGAAGAUAUUAUAUGUAAAGCCAAAUUAUAUCACAGUGAUAAAGAAAAAGAAGAAGUCUUUGAAAAAGAGCCUUUAUAUGGAGGGAUGUUAAUUGAGGAUUAUAUUUAUGAAUCCUUAGUUGAAGAAAAUUAUGAUGAAAGCUUGGAUACAAAUAUAAUAGGAAGUCAACAUCAUAUAUUUGACCAGAGACUACAAGAAGUAAAAAAUUGUUCUGCAAGUGAAAUUCACACCAAUGUCUCUCAGCCUAUUGCAACUAUAGACAGUAAAUGCUUCAAAACAGAAACAUUCCAUUCUAUGGUGCCUCAAGAAGACAUUGUUUCAAGUUCUUAUAUUGUUCCAGAAAGCCAUGAAAUAAUUAUUGUAGGGAGCACAGAUGAAAAGCGAUGCCAUGAGGAGGCUACUGGUUUUUAUGAUAUUAUUAAUAGCCAGGACAUGCAGCUAACCCCCGGAUCCAGUCCUACUCAACAUAGAAACGAGUUUAGCAUGAAAACGGAGCAGAUAUCUUCUAUGAAUGUGAAUUCAUGUAAAACUGAAAAUAUUAUACUUACUGCUUCAGUGGAGACAUCUUCUCUUAACCCGAUGUCUAUUCCUGACGUUAAAAUAACUCAGCAUUUCACUGCAGAGGAACCUGAAGAAGAUGUGGUUGUUGACUUUAGUGGAGAAAAAGCCUCUGACUAUGCUGCUUCAAAACACACUGAAGUAUCCAUAAAUGGCAAAGGUGGCUUUAUUGGACAUACAUCUUCUGAUGCAGAAAGUGUUUCAUCAUUGGUUUCUCACAUAUCUAAAAGUGACACAGAGCUUAGUGAAAUGCCAACACCCGCUUUAGCUACUGAUAUGUGUACAGCAGAUCAUGUAAUAAUUUCAGUACCUGAUGUUGCUCAAGUUACAAGUUCCCAAACUGUACCAGUUUCCUCCGCUGUGUGUAUCACAGCAACAGAACAUGUUAGGUCCGUUCAAUUAGAAAGUAAAAGCAAAGAGCAUCCAAAUGGAACAACACAUGCUUUUCCUGAAUCUCUAGUAAAUCAUGUGCAGCCAAUAGCCAUUGAAUCCAUAGUGUCAGCAAAGCACAUAGCGACUUCUACAGCAGUUACAACAACAACCCCUAAUUUGCAAUCUGUCAUGUCAUCGGUUCCAUCAGUCACAUCAAAGGUAAUGUCUUUCUUCAAAAGUUCUUCUGAUUCGACUGAUGCUGUAAAAACUCAAACUUCAGUUUAUCCACCACCCCCUCCUCCACCCCCACCACCACCGCCACUGCCCCCAGCAGCAACCCAAAAACCAGUUAUAGGUUCAAAAAAGAGGCCAGCACCUAAAAUUCCAACAGCAAAACCAAAACCUUCCACAAUAGGAUACACCAGUGAAGAAGUUCAGAAAAGUUUCCCAUUAAAAACCAGUUCAACUCCUACAACCAGGCCUCAUGCUCCACCUCCACCUGUCCCUCCAAAACCAUCUUCUAUUCCAGCUGGAUUGAUAUUCAGUCAUAAGACAACUGAAUUCUCAAAACCUGAGAAUAUAAUAAAACCCUAUGAAACCCCAAUUGCUAUGCAAAAGAAAACAGAAGCACAACACAAAACACCAGCAAAUUCUAUACACACCAGUAUGACUUUGAACUUAGUUUCUUCUACAGAAUACCAGUUGCAUUCUCCAACAUCACCUCUUUCUCCCCAUUCAAAUAAAUCAUCACCUAGACUAACCAAACCUUCUCAAGAAACCUAUGUUGUUAUUACUCUGCCAUCUGAGCCUGGAACCCCAACUGAAACUGAUUCUUCCUACACAACAUGUUGGCCACUUCAGACAUCUGCCCCUGAGCAGGUUCCACAAAUAACACAAACAGUGUGUUCUACCACACCUCUCAGUAUAAAUAAAAAAGAAACAGUAAGUCAACCAUCGGAUACUCUUCACAGUUUAUCACAAAUAACAACAGAUGUUACCAAGACUACUGUUUCUUUACCUCAAAGCACAGUCUUCGAAAUCACUUGCAUUCCAGCUGUUUUUCCAACUGAAAGAACAGUAACAGUUCAAUCACAGAUAAAGCAAGUUGGAAAAUCUACUGAGUCUAAUGAUAUAAUAGACCUACGCACCUUGAACAAAAUUGAUUAUAUGGUUAAAGAUUUUGAGAUUGAUAGUUGCAUGGACCUCUCUACCGCAACAACUGAGGGUAAACGUCAGUCUACUACUCUUAGUUCUAUAAAUCGACCAAUAAGUGCUGUCCAACCUGCUAUAGUAAACCUCAGCACUGCAUCUUCAGUAAUUUCAUCAAUGUUGCUAUCUACAGAAUCCCUUACAGGAAUGACAAGCUCAACUACUGUGAGUUAUACAACUAGUUUGGAGAGUCUUGUUGACUUGGGAAAUUCAAUGAAGGAACCAUUAAAACUGACAACUUCUAAACAAUAUGAAGAAGAAAAUGAGACAUAUCCCAUGGAAGUAGAAGUGCCAAUUAAUUUAUCGGUGGGUGUCCUAGCACACUCAAUAGCUGGACCGACAAAAAUCUUUCCACUCACCUCUAGCAGUAUAACAAACGGCUCUACUGACAUUUCUACCUCUCAAGAAUCAGUAGAUAGUGGAGUAGUGGAUCUUAGCACAACAAAAUUCCUUAGAACAAUGGUAACUGUGGAUGAUGCAUCGUCAGCAAUUAUCACUGAAAUAAUUGAAGAUGAUAAACCUGUGGACUUAACAGCAGGUAGAAGAGCUGUGUGUUGUGACAUGGUGUCCAAAUUGCCGUUUGGAAGAAGUUGCAUUUCACAACAACCAUCAACUACUUUACCUGAAGAUCGUUUUGGAUAUAGAGAUGACCAUUAUCAAUAUGACCGUUCAGGAAGUUCAGGUUUUAGGGGUGUUGGGGGUAUGAAACCUUCUAUGUCUGAUACAAAUUUAGCUGAAGCAGGACUCUUUUUGUAUAAAAGCAAAAACACUUUUGAUUACCCUAUUGGAAUAGCUGAUGUUGCUGUAGACCUUACAUCUGGGAAAAUGACUACAGGUGAGGCUUUGGAUUACAAAACCAAGACAACAGGUCCUUACCCUGAGACACGACAAGUCAUUUCUGGCCUCGGAUUAAAUGCCCCCCAGUAUUCACAAGCACGCAUGACUGCAUCUAUGGUCCCACCAUAUGGUUUGGGAAGUGCUUUAAGGUCAUCUAAUGGAGUUGUUUAUUCUUCAGUUACCAGCCCAAUUCCUUCAACAUUUGCAAUCACUACACAACCUGGCUCAAUAUUCAGUACAACAGUAAAAGAUUUAUCUGCAUUUGUUACUACUGACACAGUUACUUCCUUUUCAAGUUUAAACCAAACUCAGCCACUGACAAGAACAACUAGCAUAUUAACAUCUUCAGCGGGUGAUGUAACCAAUGUAAUGUCUGUAAUUGAUGCUAGUUUGCAAGCUUUUCCUGUGGAUGUUGCAGCAAGUACACAAGGUGAACUUGUUUCUAUUUUGACAUCAGAAUCAGAAACUUUCUCUGAAAUGGCUGACGAUGAAUCUUUUAUAAUACCAUCAGAUGAUGGUAAGCAACAGCACCUACAUUAUCAACGUGAGCUUUUAGAGCUUGAAAAACUGAAACAACAGAGGUUAGCUGAAGAGCUUGAAUGGGAACGUCAGGAAAUUCAGAGAUUUAGGGAACAAGAGACGUUUAUGGUCCAGAAAAAACUUGAAGAAUUACAGUCAAUGAAACAGCACCUGUUGUAUCAACAGGAGGAAGAGAGGCAAGCUCAGUUCAUGAUGAGGCAGGAAACACUGGCUCAACAACAAUUACAUCUGGAGCAAAUACAGCAACUUCAGCAGCAACUUCAUCAGCAAUUAGAGGAACAGAAAAUAAGACAAAUGUAUCAAUAUAGUUAUGACUCUGAAAAUGUGCAACCUCAAACAACUUCUGAGCAAGGGAUUUUAGAAGGUCAGUAUUCAGCACCAGAAGAAGGACAGUUCUGGACUGGUGACCAUACUGCAACUACAUCAUCAGCAGUCGCAGGCCGUGAAAUGUCACCAAGUGAUGCAUGGUAUGCUGUACAGUCAGAUAGUGUUUCACAAUAUAUUUCAAGACCAGGGAUACUAAAUUCUGUUUCAGAAAUGUCUCUAAAAGACAUGGAUAUAAAUGAGGAAAGGCAGCUUAAAAAAAGAAGUUCCAUGCCCAGACUAUGUGGUAUGUAUGAAGAAAUAGAUGGGAAUAUGCAAGAAGAAACAAGAUCUUACAAACUUAUUGCUGAUAGUGGAGUCCAAACUGAUGAUGAAGAUGGAAAUGAUAAUAGGUAUACUGGCAGAAGAAGGAGAUCCAAAAAAGGCAUUGAUACAAGUGUUCAGACUGAUGAUGAGGAUCAAGAUGAGUGGGAUAUCCCCACAAGAUCAAGAAGAAGGUCACGUACAGGAAAAUACAAUGAUGGUAGCACUGAUGCUGAUAAAUCUAGACUAUUUUCCAAAGUAUCUAGUAUAGCUGUGCAAACUGUUGCAGAAAUUUCAGUACAAACAGAACCACUUGGAACAAUAAGAACACCCUCAAUAAGGGCAAAAGUUGAUUCAAAGAUUGAAAUAAUUAAACAUAUUUCUGCUCCAGAGAAGAGCUACAAAGGUGAAAGUUUAGGCUGUCAAACAGAAAACGAUUCUGAUGGACAAAGCCCACAACAUCUAAAUGAUAUAUCACAAAAAGAUAAAAGACGCCCAACACCUUUAGAAAUAGGUUAUUCUUCACAUCUUCGGGCUGACUCAUCACUGCAGGUCGCACCUUCUCCUCCUAAGUCUCCUAAAGUACUUUAUUCACCAAUUUCUCCAGUUUCCCCCACCAAAGCACUAGACUCUGCUUUUGUUCCCUAUGAUAAGACAAUGGGGGAGGACAUUGGCACUAACAAGCCAUAUGCUGAUAAUGUACAGGGUCCACCACCAAGUCCAAAAUCUGCAAAGGUCAUGCAACGCUCUAUGUCAGAUCCAAAACCCUUAAGCCCGACUGCAGAAGACAUUGCUAGAACACAGUUCCAGUACUCAGAUGGAUACUCAACUAAAACCAGUCAAAGUGGCACUCAAAAGAAGGUGAAAAGAACACUUCCAAACCCUCCACCAGAAGAAGCUGGGACUGGCUUGCAAUCUACAUAUGGCACAGUUGGAUCUGUUUCACGUAGAAGAAUUUGUAGGACUACAACAAUGGCUCGAGCUAAAAUUCUACAGGAUAUUGAUAGAGAAUUGGAUCUUGUUGAAAGAGAAUCAUCCAAAUUGCGCAAGAAACAAGCUGAAUUAGAUGAGGAAGAGAAAGAAAUUGAUGCAAAAUUGAGAUAUCUGGAAAUGGGAAUCAACAGAAGGAAAGAAGCUUUAUUAAAAGAAAGAGAAAAAAGAGAAAGAGCUUAUCUACAAGGUGUUGCCGAAGAGCGGGAUUACAUGUCAGAUAGUGAAGUUAGUAAUACAAGGCCAACUCGAAUUGAAAACCAUCUUGGUUUAGACAGGCCCCAAACUGCUCCGCAAACAGAGUACAGUCCUUAUUUGCCACCACAGACUCAGACAGAAACUCCAUUCGCACCUCAGACAAGCCCUUACACACAAUACCAAUACCAGACACCUACUUUGCAUACUCAAGCUCCAACACAAUUUCCUCAGCAGUCCCAUUACCAAUCAUCUUUGUACCAUCAACAAGUUUCAUCAUAUCAAACCCAACCAACCUUUCAAGCUGUUCAAACUAUGUCUUUUCCUCCUCAGCCACAGUCUUCUCCAAGUCAGCAGUCUUCUUAUCAACACCCUUCACAGUUAUUGCUAUUGCAGCAAAAAGCAAGGCAAGGUGCAUUAGAUUUAGACUCUAAAAUAUCAUCACAUUAUGACGUCAUAAGAAAUCAACCUCUUAUAAUUGCACCUGUUUCUACUGAUAGCAGUUACUCUGUUUCUCAUCUUGGCAGUAAAUAUAGCACAUUGGAUUUACGGUUAGGCUUAGAUGAAAAAAGUAGCAUGGCGAGUAGUCCAAUGUCAAGCAUUUCUGCAGAUUCUUUUUAUGCUGAUCUAGAACAUCAUGCUUCCAGAAAUUAUGUUCUAAUUGAUGACAUUGGGGAACUUACUAAAGGUUCAGGUUCUAUGAGUACUGCAUUUGGACUACAUGAAAAAGAGCUUUCUAAAACUGAUCGUCUUCUACGAACUGUAGACUCUAGAAGAACUCCUGAGGUAACAGACUUUUUAGCACCUAUUUCAACAUCUACUAGAUUGCAUACGUAUGGGAAAGGGGAUGAAGACUCAAUGGAAGAUCCUUAUGAGCUAAAGCUUCUCAAACAUCAAAUAAAACAAGAGUUUCGUAGAGGUACUGAGACUUUAGAUCCUCUGGCUGGCUAUUCACCUUAUUAUCAUUCAGAUAGUCUGUAUAGACACUUUCCAAAAAGUGAAAAAUACAGCAUUAGCAGACUCACACUAGAAAAACAAGCUGCUAAACAACUGCCACCUGCUAUACUGUAUCAAAAGCAACCUAAGCAUAAAAAAUCCAUAAUAGACCCAAAGAUUGCAAAGUUUUCUCCAAUUCAGGAAAGUAGAGACCUAGAACCUGACUAUUCUAGCUAUCUUUCUUCAAGCACAUCUUCAAUUCCAAGUAUAUCUUCAAAGGUAAGGCUGCUACAGGAUGAUAUCACAUAUGGAUUGAGAAAAAAUAUUACAGAUCAACAAAAAUUUUUGGGACCUGCCUUAGCUCAAAGUCUUGGGUCAACUCUUAAUACAAAUAUAAGAACUGCCAUGCAGGAUGAAGUCGAUAAACCCUAUGUAAGUGGUAGUCGAUCACGGCCUUCAUCAAGACCAUCAUCUGUUUAUGGUCUAGAUUUGUCGAUUAAAAGAGACUUAUCUAGUUCAUCUUUAAGACAGAAAGCUAAUGAGUCAGAAGCCUUAGAUGGAACAUUUAGCCAUGUAGCACCUUCUGGAAGAACAAAACCAUCUAGUCUACCUAUUAGUCAAAGUAGGGGAAGGAUUCCAAUAGUAGCACAAAACUCUGAAGAAGAAAGUCCACUAAGUCCAGUUGGCCAACCAAUGGGAAUGGCAAGAGCUGCGGCUGGACCCUUGCCACCAAUAUCUGCAGACACCAGGGAUCAGUUUGGGUCUAGCCACUCUUUGCCUGAGGUACAGCAACACAUAAGAGAAGAAUCCAGAACUCGUGGAUAUGAUCGAGACAUUGCAUUCAUCAUGGAUGACUUUCAGCAUGCCAUGUCUGAUAGUGAAGAAAAUUCCUUUAAUGAUGCCUAUCAUCUUCGCCGUGAAGAAACAGAUUGGUUUGACAAGCCUAGAGAAUCACGACUGGAAAAUGGACAUGGAAUCGAGAGAAAACUACCUGACAAAUUAUCACACACCAGACCAACUCACCCACAGGAACAAAUGAAUGGAAGGCCGAUCCAGUAUCCAUUUCCUCAUACAAGAAUUAAACUGCAGAGGGAUCCAAAGGACCAUACAGUAUCAGGAAAUGGAUUUGGAAUAAGGGUUGUUGGUGGGAAAGAGAUCCCUGGAAGUCAGGGAGAGAUUGGAGCCUACAUUGCUAAGAUUUUACCUGGUGGAAGUGCAGAGCAGACAGGCAGAUUGACAGAAGGAAUGCUGGUUUUAGAGUGGAAUGGUUUCCAGUUAACUGCAAAGACAUAUGAAGAAGUCCAUAGUAUCAUUAGUCAGUCAAGUGGGGAAGCAGAGAUUUGUGUAAGACUGAACUCCAACAUAUUAUCAAAUAUUGCAACGCCACAGAAUUUAGAGCCCCAUGACCAAUCGAAGGCUGUAGAAAAAACAAAGUCCCCUGGAGUGGAUCCUAAACAGCUAGCAGCGGAACUCCAGAAGGUUUCCCAGCAGCAGACACCUUCUGUUGUCUCUUCUGCAAUGGAGAAAGGAUCAUAUAUUCAUUCUGGAACAACAUCAGCAGCCUCGAGCGCAGUACCCAGUCCUGGGCAACCUGGCUCUCCUUCUGUAAGCAAGAAAAGGCACAGCAGCAAGUCCACAGAAGCUGUGAAGGCACCUUCCCAUCCUAUUACUGGUGAACUCCAGCUUCAAGUGAAUUAUGAUAAGCAUCUUGGUAAUCUCAUAAUCCACAUACUGCAAGCAAGAAAUCUUGUUCCCAGAGAUAACAAUGGUUAUUCAGAUCCUUUUGUGAAAGUAUAUCUUCUUCCAGGAAGAGGCCAAGUAAUGGUUGUCCAGAAUGCCAGUGCUGAAUACAAACGAAGAACAAAAUAUGUGCAAAAAAGCUUAAACCCAGAAUGGAAUCAGACAGUAAUUUACAAGAGUAUCUCCAUGGAACAGCUGAAGAAAAAAACAUUGGAAGUCACUGUAUGGGAUUAUGAUAGAUUCUCCUCAAAUGACUUUCUUGGUGAGGUAUUAAUAGACUUGUCAAAUGCCUCUUAUCUUGAUAACAUGCCACGAUGGUACCCUUUGAAGGAACAGAGUGAAAGUAUUGACCAUGCCAAGUCUCACAGCAGUCAACAAGUACCAAAGCCAUCAGUCAUUAAGAGUAGAAGUCAUGGAAUCUUUCCAGACCCAUCUAAAGAUAUGCAGGUUCCAACAAUAGAGAAAUCUCAUAGCAGCCCUGGUAGUUCAAAAUCUUCUUCUGAGGGACACCUUCGUUCACAUGGACCAUCACGUAGCCAAAGUAAAAGCAGUGUCACUCAGACCCAUCUAGAAGAUGCUGGAGCAGCCAUCGCUGCUGCUGAAGCAGCUGUCCAACAGCUUCGUCUUCAACCAACAAAUGACAGCAAAGACCAAAGCCAGCUUGCACUCAAGAAGGUGAUGUCCGAUGGAUCCGUCAAAGCAGAAGCAAGACCAGCACCUCACAAGACUACUGAAUCUACAGUUUCCACAACAUCAUCAGUCAGUAGUUUUGGCAGUGGGUACAGUAUGGACAGUGAUAGCAGCACCACGCAGGGGGACAACAAUCUGUUUCAAAUUCCAAGAAUUGGUAAAAUGAACCAAAAUGGACAAGACCAGACUGGAUUGGGCUUGACUGAAACAGAAGGUAAAAACCAAGUUAUGGGUGAAAUCAAAAUUGCCCUAAAAAAAGAGAUGAAGACAGAUGGCGAGCAACUGAUCAUAGAGAUUCUACAAUGCAGAAAUAUUACAUAUAAAUUCAAGUCUCCAGAUCAUCUGCCAGAUCUUUAUGUGAAGCUGUAUGUCAUUAAUAUAGCAACACAGAAACGAAUAAUAAAGAAGAAGACAAGGGUUUGUAGACAUGAUCGAGAACCUUCAUUCAAUGAGACAUUCCGAUUUGGUAUGAGUCCUGCUGGACACUCUUUACAGAUUCUACUCGCCUCAAAUGGAGGAAAAUUUAUGAAGAAAACUCUGAUUGGUGAAGCUUACAUCUGGCUGGACAAAGUGGACCUUAGAAAACGGAUAGUAAAUUGGCACAAACUUUUAGCCAGCUCUACUCAGACACAUUGAUCAACAGUCUUUGCUGGGGGCAUAAUGUCAGAAUAGAGUUUAAAUGGAAUGGAAGACGGCUCAGAAAGAUAAUGAGUUUCAGACUGAACUGAGAUGGUUUUGCUGAAAUGUUUUACAGUUGAUUGGAGAACAAAGAGUCUGCUAAAAUGCAUUCCAGAGGCUACAGAGAACAUGGCCUCUAACAUUUAGAAGAACGGUAAUGAUUCCAUGUUAGAAUCUAGAAGCAUCUUUUCUUGAUGUUUUAUUUCGUGGAGCAGCUUAGAAGCACUGUAAACUAAGGCAAUAUAAGACACAACAGAUCAUAGCAAGGAAAAGUAUAUUAGUAUCACACCUAGUAAGUGUUCUAUCUAAUUUACACCUUAGAUGUUUCUCAUCUAUAGCUACUAUAAAUUACAGUUUAGUAUGUCUAUAGGAUAAGGAAUAUUUGCAAGUUUAAGCAGUAUAUUUGAUUCCUAUUGGUUGCAGGUAAUGUUCUCACUAUGCCACGUGUACAGUAUCAGUACAGUAAACGUGCAGUGCCUAUCUUUUCUUCUGUAAUUCAAAUAGUGAAAAUGCUGACAACAUGAGUGUAUCCUUCAUGAAGAAGUGCAUCAGCUAGGGCAAAUCUUAAAAUUGCUGGUUUGUUUGUAUUUAAAGAAGUAACAAAAACAAAUUAUUUUAGGUACUUGUUAGAGGUAAAACAUUAGUGGCACAAUAUAGAUUGAAACGUUUUGUAGUACGGUGUUUUAUAAAAGAUACAAAGCCAGGGUGUGGGCUUGUCUUUUAGGCCAACCUAGAAUUAGGAGAGGCUUUUAAAGAGCAGUGAUUGAGAUGACGUUGUGCAUCUUCUCUUAGAAACUCAGGUGAAUGACUGAGAUUAUGGGUAUGUUGAAAAUGUAUUGUUGCUGAAUAACACUACAAUCACUAUGGACUAUCAUAUGGUGCAGUAAGGGGUUUGCCGCCAAAUCAAGCAAAUUCAAUGUCAAUUAAAAUCACUAUAGAUGGAAAUCUGUGCAUCUUUAUUUUCUAACAGGUUUCAUCACAAGCUUAAUGAGUGGAAAGUGUAAAUUUCGUCUUUAAACUGUAAUUCUUUUCUACUGCGACUUACUGUAAAAGACUGCAAAGCAUGUGAAUGGUUGCUAUAGAAAUGCCAUGUCAGAAUGAUAGCACAAACACAGAUUCUUGCCAGGAAACCUGUAAUCAGCACUAAAUUAGCAGGGCUAACAUUGGUCUGCCUUUAUUCUCACUAUACAUUCCAUUGAUAGAACUGCAUUAUUGUUCCAAAAAAACAUAAACUGUCAUUUUCUUUAUAUCUUUCUGGGUCAUUAAUUGUAUAUAGAAGCUGCAAGUAGAGUCAGAAAACUGUUUCCCUAGUGCAGGCAUUCUUAGAAUUAGUACCUCUUGAACAAUCGAAACCUUACAGAUGCAUUCUUCAUCUGUCGUAUAGAGCGAGUGACAACUUUUUUGGUGCAUCUUGACUUAUUAGUGGUGCACUAUAUGCUUCCAAUGUGUGCCAACAAUGUGUUAUACCAAAUCCUUGAGUCAUUAUGGAAGUAUUCUAUGCAACAUUGAUGUCUCAAUGCUUUUUCUGUAAGUGAAAAUAAUAAAAAGAAAAAAACUUUUAAAAAAAUUAAGAAACAGACAUCAGUAUUUUUGGUUGCACAUAUAUUUCAACACAUUUAUAGUGUGUAUGGCUUUGUUGCUUCUCCUAGAAGUAUCUACAUAGACCUAAAUGUGUGCUGAAUACUAAUCAUUCAUUAAGAUUCAUUUUCUGUGUAGAAAGCCAAGACAAAAUCAUCAAAAUAUAUGUUAAUUUAUAUGCAAGCAAAUUUUACAAUUCAGCUAAAUCCACAGACAUUGAAACAUUUAGGUAAAAAGCACAGUGUAUGUAUGUGUGUGUUUACAUGUGAAUGAGAUUUUUAUUGUUCUUAUUACUUUCGGUUCAUGCGACUGGAAAUGGUGAGUUAUAAAUAUUGAGCAUGAAUUUAUAUAAGUUAAUCUUCUAUGUCUGCAGAUUGAAGAGACAGUUAUGUAUCAGUAAUAGUCUAAAUUGUUGGCAAUGCUUGAAAAAUAGCCUUUGUUAAGCACACAUAACAAUAACAUAUAAAGAAAUAUGUUCAAGGAGCCAACAAGAUGAUACAACACAACAUAUACUUUGCAUGUCACUUUACCCUCACAACCAAACUCCUCCAAGUCUUAAGUGUUGCAGACAUUACUAGUGCCUGAUGUUUUGUUAACAUCUCAGAUAUGUUUCAGUUGCAUAGUUUCAGGUAUUUUGAAAACAAUUUUUUUCAAUUUGAAAAAAAUGAAACAGAUUUUAUUUUAAUCUUCACAUUGCAGGAAAAAAAAAAACACCCUGCUAUAAUAAAAUCUGAAUCAAAACUGGCCAUAAAAAGUGAAUAUUAUCUAUAUAUUAGAAUUACCAUUCUAUGCUCUGCUAGUCUAAUGAAUUCUGAAUGCAAAGGUCGUUAGAAGCAAGUUCCUUUAUUUUAUUAUUAUGUAAAUAAGUAUACAUUUUUGUAGAUGAAAGGAAUUAAAGGGUUCUACUUCCCUAAGGCAUUCAGCAUGUAAAUGUGAGCAUUCCAUUCAGUUAUAACUUUCAAAGUGUUCUGUGAUGUGGUCAGAUGAUAAACCAACGGUGGCUAGACGGUGUGUUUGUCGUCACCCAUUGAGAAUCUGUACAGAGAGCCUGAUAUAGUAGAGAUAUAAAGAAAAGUGUAAAAAAAAAAAAAAGCUAUAACGGAAUUACAUAAAAUCUGUAUUGUCCUACACUAAAUGUUUUCAUAUUGAAUGUUGCAUGCAUUGAUGGAGGUCUGCUCUUUAUUUGUGUAUUUUUAUUAUUUUCUUAUUUGUUGUUUCAAAUCCCUCUAAGAAUAUUUUGCUUAAGAAAAUAAAGAAGUAAAAAAAAGUUAAAACAAGUUGUAUAGAAUAUGCCUGUAAAUCUGUUAAUGUUUUAAUUUUAUGUAAAAAUCCAUGUCAUAGUUUUUUGUGGUUGUACACAGGAUGUAACUUGAGAACUUAUGCAAAUUGUGAUGUACAAAAGGUUGUAAUCCAGUCAAAUUAAUAAAUAUUUAUUACAUCCCUU